AUGGAAAAACGAUCAACUGCAGAAUCAUCACCGUCGUCUAACCGCCGAACCAAACGCGCCAAAUACGCGCCCAUAGCUUGCGAUACUUGCAAAAAACGAAAGCUCAAAUGUAUUAGAGACGAGGGGGAACACGUUUGUAGGAGAUGCGCUGCGAACCAUGGGGAGUGCGUCUUUGCUAUUCCUGUCACUGCUCUUCCGUCGAACGAAAAUAAUGAGCAGUCGACAAGACGUUCAACUCUGGAGCCGCAAUCAGAUAUAGCAUCCUUGAAUCAACAGGUCGCAGCGCUUCAGAACCAAGUUAGUGUCUUGACAACAGCCUUACAAGAUGUGUCCCAGCGUCUUCCCCAGCUCACAGACCCAUCCACCACAACAUCUGUCUCUCACGGCAACGGAUCAACAUACAGACAAGAACUUCGAAACGUUAGAAAUGAACCAAGAGAACCGCAGUUUGUCGGUCCGAUGAGAUCCGCUUACAGCUUCCAAAUCGCCGAAAAUUCUCUCUCGGGCAUGGGUAUUGACCGGCGUCCUAGCACAGCUACAAGCUUAUCAGCUUCCCCAUCAGAAUCGAUUCCAGAUGUUAGAAGUGAGCGUAGAUCCCUGCCUCCGAGAGACAUCGAUGUUCUUCCGAGUCUAGGUGCAGUAGAGAUACAGCGACUUCUCGAACUGUAUCGUGAAGAAGUUGUGACAGUAUACCCAUUUCUGGAAGUAGACGACCUUUCUCGAACUGUCACGUCCGUCCUUGAGUCUCCCGAGGAGAACACGCUCAAGGAGAUACAAGCCGUCAAAUUAGUUGUCGCUACCGCUCUCGCAGUUGAAGCCCAUGGACAGAACAACCUUAGCAAAAGACUCAUAGACGAAGUUGAGCCUGUGAUAUGCAGUGUUUCAGGCGAAGCAUUUAUCGAUAUUUUAGAGCUCCAACUGAUGAUCAUGCUGAGCAUUUACUGGUUUUACUGCGGAGAAGAACUUCUCGCCUGGAGAGCCAUUGGAAUUGCAGGAAGAGAAACAAAUGAAAUCGGCCUCCAUCGCCGAGCCUCACUUAUGGAGAACUUCAAAGACCCUCGGGAAAGGGAUUUGGCUUUGCGAUGUUUUUGGUGCGUUUACAUUCUCGACCGCAGGUGGAGUUAUGGAACGAGUCUAUCCUUUGGGAUAUCGGAUCGCGACAUUGAUCCCCAGUUGCCAGAGCCGACUCAUCAUCCAUAUCUCUUAUGCAUGGUUUCCUACGCUCGACUCUGUUCCAAAGUCUGGGAAGAACUCCCCCUCGACUCAUCACCUCUCUCCGUCCCAAAAGACAAAGUCGACCUUUUUGACUUCCUCACUCAAAAAUGGAUGCACUCUAUACCUCAUGACCUACAACUUGUCUUCCCACGUCUUUCUCAAGCACCACAGCCCCAGCCCCGAGCAUUACAGCGUUUACGAACUCUCCUCUAUUUAAGAGGGAACCAUAUAAGAAGCCUUGUUUUGCGGCACCAUGUCAUGAGUACAGCCAAUCUACGAGCCGAUAUCCAGGGUGCACAGCUUGUCGUCAGCCUCGCACAGGAUACCAUCCAAGUCCUGGUGCACUUGAAUGAAACAAGCGACAUAUAUGCUCGUCAAAAACCGACUUUCAACUAUUUCCUCACGACUGCUUUGGCAUCUAUCUUGCUGGCAGUCUGUAAUGCACCAGAUUUAUUUGCAAAUCGCUGCAGGCAAGACUUUCGAGAUGCUGUCAAAUUGCUGGAGAAUAUCUCGCAGCAGGGACACGUGAGUCGAAGACUUUGGAGGUCAAUCCGAGGAACGAUAAACCGCGCCUUGUCGUUGGAAACUUCUGUCACAUCAAGUGGAAAUGCAGUUGUGACGAGAACUCUCGAUAACGAAGCGAAUGCUGGUGUGCAGAGGGAUGCUGAACAUCGGCUGAGGGAAGUUCCAGCGGGCAGUCUUGAUCUGGGUGAUCUGACAUCCGACGGAUUCGGCCUGGAGACAGACCUGCUGAAUUUGUUCAGUGCUUUUGAGGAAGAAAAUCUACUCAAGGGUCCCUUGACACAUGGAGCAUUAGAUGGACAAUCUGGACUUGGGCUGGAUGGAGAUAUGACGAGAUUCAACAGCAUGAUGUAA